CUUUCACCUUUUUUUGCUACAAACUUCUAAAAGUUCGUCUUAAAAGAACAAAAAUAAAUCUCCUUCAAACUUAAGGAAAAGCUUUCGUGAGGUUUGAUCUUUCAUUCUUCUUCUUGACCUGUCUGGCAGACACUUGUGCGCAUGCGCUCAUCCAUAACCCGGAACUGCGCUCCGCAGCGGGCUGUGUUUGUUUUGGGGACGGUCAGCCGAGAGAAACGAUGCAGCUUCACUUCACUAAAGACGUUUUACCGGACUCUGUCGGCACCGACUUCCAGAACCUGAACAAGCUGAACGAGCAGUUUCAUCGCCUGAUUGAAAUUCUGUUCCAGUUCCUCCUGGAGCCGAAAGAGACAGAGAGGUUCAUGCAGCAGCUUACUGAGUUCGCGGGGGAACACGGGAUGAGUGCCGGGCCUCUGAGGAACCUGAUGAAGAGCGUCCUCCUGGUGCCGCAGGGAGCCCUGAAGAAAAACCUGACAGGCGAGCAGAUCAAAGAAGACCUCCUGACAUUAGGACUGAGCGAGGAAAAGUCGGCUCACUUCUCACUGCAGUGGGCGGAGCACUACGCAGCGCUGACCAGGCUCGCUGUCGGGCAGACUCUGAUGGUCAACCAGCUGGUUGACAUGGAGUGGAAGUUUGGAGUGACUGUUGGCACCAGUGAAAUUCAGAAAUUGGGCACAGUCUUUCUGCAGCUGAAGCUCGUGGUCAGAAAGGGGAAUUCCACUGAAAACGUCUACAUGGAACUGACGCUGCCUCAGUUUUACAACUUCCUGCACGAGAUGGAGCGAGCCAAGGCCAGCAUGGAGUGCUUCAGCUGAGCGUGUGUGUGCAGUGUGUGUUGUAUGUACUGGUUGAAUUUGUGUGCGUGUGACAUUUUUACCUGAAAUGAGUCAAUAAACUGAGGAGUAACCUGUCAUUAUCUGCUGUUUUCUU